AUGUCUGUGGCUGGGAUUGAUUUCGGAUCGAAAUCGAACGUGGUCGCGCUCGCGCGACGGAAAGGCAUCGAUGUCGUCAUGAACGAAGAGUCUAAACGGGAGACGCCUUCAUUGAUCAAUUUUGGGGACAAUAAGAAUCUGAUGAUGAUAUUGAUGAUGAUGAAAAUGAUCGGAGUGAAUCGACCGAAGCAGAGAGGUGCAAGAGGCAGCCGGCGAAAGAAGAAAAAGAAACUUCCUUCUUUUUUCCUUCUUUUUCCAUCUUUUUUGGAAACGACGUUUCGUUUGUUUGAUCAUCAACAGACAGACACAGAGUUCAGAGGAAAAGAGGAGGAGCAACGAUUCGUUGGAUGCGCGGCUGGCGAUAAGAUCAACAUGCAACCGACGAAUACGGUCGCGUGCUUGAAACGCUUAAUCGGGAAGAAAUUUUCCGACCCAACUGUCCAAGAAGACAUCAAGGAAUUCUUGUAUCCAGUGAAGGGAGACAAGAAGACGGAUAAUAUCAUCGUUACCGUGGAGUAUAUGGGGAAACAAAGAGAAUUUUCGCCGGAGCAGUUGUUGGGGAUGAUUUUGAGCGAUCUGAAGAGAAUCGCCGAGUUGGAUAACGAGGGGAUUAAAAUUACCGACUGCGUUUUGUCCGUGCCGAUUUUCUUUGACGACGUGCAAAGACGCGCGAUGAUUGAUGCGGCGAGCAUUUGUGGGUUGAACGUCAUGCGAUUGAUGCAUGAAACGACCGCCACGGCGUUGGCGUACGGCAUUUUCAAGACGCAAGAGUUCACGGAGAAACCGGUACGAGUGGCGUUUGUGGAUAUCGGGCACUCUGCCAUGCAAUGUUCGGUGGUUGAAUUCACUUCGAAAGGUUUGAAAGUGCUCUCGACUGGAUACGAUACAAACUUAGGUGGCGGCGCGUUUGAUAACGCGAUGUUCCACCACUUUUGCGAGGAGUUCAAGGAGAAGUUCAAAAUUGACGUCAAAUCGAAUCCCCGCGCGAGCUUUCGUUUGAAAUCAGCCAUCGAAAAGACUAAGAAAGUAUUGUCGGCGAACCCAGAAGCGCCGAUUAACAUCGAGUGUCUCAUGAACGACGUUGAUGUGCGAUCGAUGAUUACGAGAGAUAAGAUGGAAGAGUUGGCACAAAACGAGUUAAACGGUUUGAUGGGUCCGGUGCGACAAAUGGUGGUCGAUGCCAAGUUGGACAUUGCCGACAUCGCCUCGGUCGAAUUGGUCGGUAACGCCUCGAGAAUUCAAUCGAUUCAAAAAGCGUUGGAGGAUUUCUUCCAAAAGCCAAUCUCGAGAACGUUGAACGCCUCGGAAUCUGUGGCCAGAGGGUGCGCGUUGCAAGGCGCCAUGCUCUCGCCGUUGUUUAGAGUGCGCGAGUUCGACGUCAUCGACGCGUUCGCGUUCCCGGUCAAAAUGUCCUGGCCGGGAGACGCGAAAGGCGAAGUGAAAGACGUGGAAUUGUUUGAGAAAUAUAAUCCGAUUCCGAGCACGAAACAAAUGACGUUUUUGAAAGCGAAACAGUUCACGGUGCAAGCGACGACGAAAACGGACGAAUCCUCCGAGGAAUCUUCGUUGGGUACAUUCGAUAUCGGACCGUUACCGGCCGUCCCGAAAGGCAAAGACAAGCACAACGUCAAAUUGAAGGUGAAAUUGAACUUGAACGGCUUAGUCGAGUGCACGGAAGCGCAAGUGUGGGAGGAGUACGAGGAAGAGGUGCAAGUGCCGAUUGUCGAAGAACCGAAGAAAAAAGAAGAACCGAAGAAGACAGAGGGGGAUGCGAGCGAAAAGAUGGAAACCGAAGGCGGCGAAGAAGGUGGGGAGGACGGAGAACAGAAAGAGGAAGGAAAAGAGGAAGCUGCCAAGGAGGAGGAACCAGAAGAAACGAAACCGAAAUUUAAGAUUGAGAUCAAAAAGAAAACGAAGAAAACGGACGUGCCGAUCAAAUCGACGUACACGGGCGGUUUACCGGACAAAGUGCUCGAAAAGUGCAAGCAAGAAGAAUUUGACAUGGCGUUGCAAGACAAGGUCAUGGAAGAGACGAAAGAGAGAAAGAACGCGGUCGAGGCGUACGUGUACUCCAUGCGCUCAAAGUUGGAAGAAGGCGGACAGUUGUUCGAUUACGUCAAGGAAGACGUGAGAACCUCGUUCAAAGAGUUGUUGAACAACACCGAAGACUGGUUGUACGAAGACGGCGAAGACGAGACCAAAGGUGUUUACGUAAAAAAACUCGAAGAGUUAUCCACUAUUGGUAACCCGAUCGAAGAGAGAUACAACGAAGAACACAAACGACCGGGCGCGAUUGCCGCCUUAGAAUCUUCGUGUCAAAUGAUCAAACAAACGUCUCAAGAUGAAGCGCACGCGCACAUCGACGCCGAAGACUUAAAGAAAGUGCAAAAAGAGUGCGACGAUGCCGCAAAAUGGUUGGCUGAAAAAGUCGAAUUACAAUCCGCUUUACAGAAAACCGACGAUUGUGUGUUGAAAUCAGAGGACAUCGAGAAGAAACGAUCUGUGUUGGAGCGCUUCGCGACGCCGAUUUUAUCGAGACCAAAACCAAAACCGAAACCGAAGAAGGAAGAGAAGAAAGAAAAGAAAGAGGGUGAAGAGGAAGAGAAACUCAAUGGCGACGCGGAGAUGGAGGAUGGCGAUGCUGGUGCGGCGGCGGCCGAGGGCGAGGAUGCGCCGAUGGAAGAAGAUGCGAAACCGGCGGCGGGUAGUGCGGAAGACUUAGACUAA